UGUGUGUGUGUGUGUAUCCAGGGUAUCAGAACAUUCUUCUAUACCAACCGUCAGACCUGCCAGGAUUGGCUGACUCGUAUCCGCCUGGCCCUGAUGAGGGUGGGGCUUCUGUCCGGCCAACCAGCAGUCACCGUGCGCCACGGCUUGGACCUGCUGACUGAGAUCCAGAACAGCAGCACUCUGGGUCCAGAGUUGGAGGCUCCUCUGGUGAUGCUGGUAGAGGCUCUGUGUGAACUUCACUGUCCUGAGGCUAUCCAGGGUUUAGCUGCCUGGAGUCUCACCAACACUGGCAAGAGUCUGGCUUGGGUCAGCUCUGUGGCACUACAGGCUGAGGGGCGGUUUGAGAAGGCUGCAGUGGAGUGCCAGGAACAGCUGUGUGCCGUGACGGGGAUGGACUGUUCCAUUAAGGGCUUUGACCGCUCACUCCUCAAACUGGGCGGAGCAAACAGCUCUAACACAGCCAGCCCCAAACACAACGG